CGACUUAGCUUUCUUUUGGGGUGAGACGCGUUCGCCGGUGGUCGGAGUAUUCCGUCCUCCCGGUCCUGCUCCUGACUCACCGCUGUUCGCUCUCGCCGAGGGACAAGUCGGUCAGGAAGCCGCGCCGCCGCCAUGGCUUUUAAAGAUACCGGAAAAACACCCGUGGAACCGGAGGUGGCGAUUCACCGAAUUCGAAUUACCCUAACGAGCCGCAACGUAAAGUCCCUGGAGAAGGUGUGUGCUGACUUGAUCAGAGGCGCAAAGGAAAAGAACCUCAAAGUGAAAGGACCAGUUAGGAUGCCUACCAAGACUUUGAGAAUCACUACAAGAAAAACGCCUUGUGGUGAAGGUUCUAAGACAUGGGAUCGUUUCCAGAUGAGAAUCCACAAACGACUCAUUGACUUGCACAGCCCUUCUGAGAUUGUUAAACAGAUUACUUCCAUCAGCAUUGAGCCAGGAGUUGAGGUUGAAGUCACCAUUGCAGAUGCUUAAGUCAACUUUUAAUAAAUUGAUUGUUGUUAA